AAAGCCGUGGCUUCUCAGAAACACAAUCAUUGGGCGGGAAUUCCUGUCUGAAUCUGACGGAACUAAAUCGCUGACGAAGAAUCCGGUCGGUUUCCGCCGCUGCAGCUUGGAAAAUGGAUUCUUCGUCUAUGAGGGAAUUCUUAAGGAAGGAAGUACCGGAUUGGGACGACGAAGUGACGGCCACGGCCAGGUUCAAGGCGUUUAGCGGCCAAAGAUUCGAUUGGGAACCCAAAUUCCAAUUCUGGAGAGAUUUGAUCCUCAGAAUCUCGCGUCACUUUGGCUUCUUCAUGAUUCGACCUUCUCAGGUGAAGAACGAGUGGUUUAAUCGAGGAGGACUGGCUCCGUUGUGCCUUGAUGAUGUUCUGCUUGUGAUGUAUAAUGAAGGCAAUUUGAUGCGAAUUGAGGAUCUUCCUGAUCCUUCUAGUGGGAGACUCACUCAGUUGUUUAGGAAAGUGAAAAUUUUGAUGACUAGAUCAAGGAUGACUCCCGAAGCCAUUCUUGAAGAUCAACUCAUUCUUACAGCACUGUUGAAGGAGAAGGCUGAAGAAGUUGUCAAGCUAUUGUCUGAAAGACAUUGGACAUCAUCGUGUAUUGUCACCAUGAAGAAGCUGGAGAGUAUGUGUGGAGGCCCAGUGGAAGCAUCUGCAGUUUUGAGUGAUUUAUCAGGAUGUGGGAAGGCACAAUAUCUGUCAACUAGCAAGAAAGAAUUGAUUGAGGGUGUGAAAGUUUCCCUGACUGCUGCAGCAGUUUCCAGCAUCUCGAGUUUAGAUUGUGAUGUUCUGCACUUGAUUUGGACACAAGAAAAGCUUCAGCAACAGCUAAAUGUCAUUGACCAGCGUUGGGAAAUGUCAAGAAAAUCUGCAUUGGCUUCACUGAAAUCUGGAAACAAGAAAGUGGCCCUGAGGCAUGCAAGAGAAAUUAAGUUAAGUAACGAGAGUAGAGAAAAAUGUUCAUUGCUUUUAAACAGAGUGGAGGAAGUCUUACGUGUUAUUGCAGAUGCUGAAUCAACCAAAAAGGUUUCUGAAGCAAUCCAAAUUGGGGCUCAAGCAAUGAAGGAAAACAAGAUCAGUGUGGAGGAAGUGCAAAACUGUUUAGAAGAACUUGAUGAAAGCAUUGAGUCACAAAAGCUAGCUGAAAAGGCUCUAGAAUCUGCUCCAUACCUUGGCAUUGACGAUGAAGAUAUUGAAGAGGAAUUCCAGAAACUAGAAUUGGAAGUUGGAAGGGAAAACGUUCAAGAUCUGAGCCCUGAGACUAGUAAUAAUAAUGCAGCAGAAUCUGCUGAUUUACUUAGCGAUGCUUUGUCAAGCCUCAAGCUGGAUACUCCACACAUUGAUUCAACAAGUCAGGACUCCACAGCACCAGUUCGGAAAAAGGAUUCAAAAAAUCUCAUUCUUGAAGCUGCAUGAUUGUAUUAUUAAAUUGAUAAAAUUGUCAAUAAUUUGAUGACUGUUUGUAAUCCAGAAUCUGUAUAUGCUUAUGCCUGUUCAUUUUUUGCAUUUUCCUGGAAAGAUGACCCUACAGUAUAAACUAUAAGAUGAUCA